GUACAAUUGUAUUGUGUGCAUGGAAGCCAAACUGGAGAUGGUGUCAGGCAGCUGCCAGCAUCGACUGUGUUCCUGCUGCUUGUAUCUGGACAACGGUUGCCUGAAACCUGACAUGCAUAAAUGUCCAGUGUGUGGCAAAUACUUAGCCUUUCCACAGAAACGGCCCACUAUUCCUGAGGACCUUAUUGAGAUGCAAAGAUACCUGGGUGUAAAGGAGUGUCCAAACAAAGAUAGAGGUUGCAAGUUCCAGAUGUGGGACUGGGAGUUGGAUGAUCACUGCAGCAUGUGCCAGUUUGGGAAGCCUCCCACACCUUAUGUGCGCAGAUGCAGAAAACUGAGUCCAAUGAGCAAACUGGGGGUCACCUAUGAAACUAGAUCCAAGAGGAGGAGCACUGAGGGCAACAAGCCACAGCAGUCGACUGGCACGCGGAGAUCUUCCCGAUAUCUUCGCUCGUAG